GGAACGAGGCUAGCUCUGUAUGUGUGUGCAGUGUGUGCGUGUGACUUCAGCUAGCCAACAUUAACAAUAGACACCGCAAGCUAACCAAAAAGAGGUACCUACUAUCUUAUAUCUACUAUCUUAUGUAGCUAGUCUUAGCUAGCUAGCCUUGUUGUGCACUUUAGAAUCUGAUGUGUAUUAACUUGAAGCUAGUACAAUAAGACAAUGCAGAGCCGUGCAUGUGUGCUAGCAGUGAGUCUGCUUGCCCUGGCCAGCGUGGUCAUGGCUCAACAACAGUGUCCUGCUGAUUCAGUCACAGAAGAAAAUGGACAGCUAAUAUUUGCGGAGUUAUCUGAGGGGGCAGGGCUGGUGGAUGCGACCUAUGACCCCGGGAGCCUUGGAGCGUGGAACUCCCUUGCCAACGGGUUUGUGAACGCUGUGCGGAGUGGAGGUCUGCCUUAUGACCUUCUGAUUCCUGUUCUCAACGAUACUUUUAUUUCCAAUUCUGGACAACCAAUUGAUCCUCUUGGGCUACUGCAAUCGUUUGCUCCCUGGUGGGCUGGCAUCCUAGCAGUUACACUGCUGGGUAUACUAGUUGGUGUCCUGUUUCUAAUAGUGGGCUGUUGCUUCUGGUGUUGUCGGUGCUGUGGCAAGUGCGGGGGGGCCAAGAUACAGGACACUCGUGAGAGGAACGAUUGUUUCACAUUCACUUUUGCAUCUAUUCUACUCCUCUGCUCCCUCGUCCUCUUUGCCGCUGCUGUGGUGGCAUUCUUCAGUAACGAGCAGACCUUCAGUAGUGUGGACAACAUCCAGAGCACCCUCAACUCUGUGGUACAGGACAGCAGUAACUACUUGAGGGACACUACCCAGGAGAUUGAUGAGAUCCUCUGUCAGGCAGUGGGGGACGAUGGAGUGCUGCUACGCGUGGUGGGAGAGAUAUCCGGAAUUCAGGAAAGCUUACAAGGCACCAUCGAUGACCUAUCCGUCCAGCUGAACAGGAUAGUCACUCAGCUCAACAAUUCAGUUGUGGCCAGCAUCAACACUGUCCUGACUGAGGUAGGUCCCUCUGUGGCAGGUGUCACGCAAUCAGUAGGACGAAUCAAGACAGACCUAACCACUGUGACGAGCGACCUUACCGCUGCUGUCACUACCUGUCGUCAAAAUGCAGGCAUGCCGGGUGCACCAGACUGUGACCCCAUCAUGAACGUCAGAGAUGCCACCUCCAUGGCAAUGGGAAUGAUACCAGAUGUACCUGACGUCAACUCCCAGCUGAAUGACCUGGAGAUAGCUAUCAGUGGUAUUGGAGGGAACAUUCAAGAUGGACAGAAUGAACUGAUGGACGCACUGGGCCCUCAAGCUAUGGAGAGAAUCAACUCCUCUCUUCAAGAGGUGACCCCCUUCAUAGAUCAGGCAAUGAACAGUCUGUCUCUACUUGGCAAUCAAUUAUCAGUCAUCGUUGACCCAAUCAUCAACACAACCUUUACUGCCUCCGCAUGCCCUCCAUUGGACGGGGGUGAGGUGUUCUCUCGGUUAGUUGUCCCUCCAGUGGAUCUGGGCUCCUUGUUUGCCAUAGAGGGGGCUACAGUCAGCACACCACCGCCACCGCCUGUGGGAGACUUCCUCAUCUCUCUCGGCUAUGUCAACGAGUGUCUCAUCAACGCUGCCUUUGAUUACGUGCGAUCAUUUGAUGUGUACAGGUAUGCAUUUGGUAUAGUGAUCUGCAGUCUAACCUUGAUCACCAUAGCCUUGGUGUGGGUGGGUAUCCUGCUCGGACUGAUUGGGUUCAGGAAGGACCGCUACCCGUAUGACAGAUCUAACCUCUCACACUGCGGUGGAAUAAUCCUCCUCAUAUCCGUGGGUUGUACGUUCAUAUUUGGCUUCAUUCUCCUUCUCCUGUCCACCAUUUUCUUCUUCCUUGGGUCCAAUGCCUUCAAGAUAUGCCAGGAUAUCCAGGGACCUGACUACCCUGCCUUUGCUAAUACAAUUGAUGAUCCCAAUGUCAGGGCUGCAUUUGCAACCAGUGUUCCUCUUUUGAGCAGCCUCCCCUCCGUCUCAGGACUACUCAGGGAUUGUGAGGAAAACAACACAGCUUUGUUUGCAGCUGCUAACCUCAACGAGAUCAUUGCCUCUGUACUACCAGAGUAUGCUGGCUCCAUCGAGGCAACCCUCAACCAAGCCUUCAAUCUCACUGCACUACGAGGUGUUGUGGACACCACCAUCUCCACUGUGGCUGAUAACUUGAACCUGAACCAAGGAGAGAUUACUAGUGCCAUAGAAACAGCACUGAGCAGUAUCCAGAAUACCUCCUUCGAUGUCAACAUCACCAGUUACCCUAUGGAGUUGGACAAUGCUCUGGCUACAGCUGACCUGAACAACAGCAUAUCAACCCUACGUGGUAUCAGUGGCCUCUUGACUCUGAGUAAUCAGGGCACUGAAGCUGCAGCCAUUAACGCCGCUGCUGACCUCCUGGAGAACCUUCGUGACGUGAUCCUUGUGGAGGUGGCCGCACAGUUGAAUGACCUCCAGGAUACACUGAAGCGAGUCAACGCAGCUGCUGUGACACUGCAACAGAAUAUCACAGCAGUGGCUGUUGACAUCGGAGAGUUAGUGGGUAACAUCUCCGGACCCAUCUUGAACACAUUUAUCAAUCAGACUGUGCGUGGAUCUGUGGACCGCUCCUUUGGCUACGUCUUUGACUACAUUCGCCACGUCGAUAAUCAGGUGAUGAACAACGUGGGGGGUUGUCAGCCUAUGUACGGAGUGUACACUCAGAUACACAACACCAUCUGUAGGAACUUCCUGGAUGGCCUGAACGGGUUUUGGUGGUCGCUCGGGUUCUGCUCCUUCCUCUUCGUUCCAGUGGUCAUCUUUGCUGUGCUCACUUCAAGCUUCUUCCUCAAAAAGAAAUCUGCUGAUGGGGACAACGAUGGUUACCUUGACUACCCAAUGAAAUCAUAUUGAAAACUGGAAGGAUGAGAAAUUUGUAGACAUUUCCUCUCUCUUUUAUUUUUCUUCUAUUUGUAGAUAUAGGUACGUACCUUUAGUUGUCUAUUUACAUGUUUGAGUUUCCUGAUUGUAGUGUAUAAUAAUUUGUGCAACCUGUUUUGAAUUCCAUUAAUUUGUUGAGCCAGCUGA